CUUUCUCUCAUAUACAUUUUUUUUUACUAUGGAUAAACUCAUUGAUCUCACCCAGCCCAGUCUUUAUCUUUCGAUUGCAACCAUCUUCUUUAACCCAAUUUUCUGGAAUACUGUCGCCAGAGCAGAAUAUCACAAACGCGUAUUGACAAAGCUUGCUGGAGGGAACCCUUAUUAUGGCUGUUACGCACUCGCAGUAACUAUCUUUUCGCUCGGUAUCAUCCGAGAUUAUGUUUAUAACACAGCUCUCGCAAGCCAGCCCACUCACCCUAUUCUCGAGACCACUUUGGCUCAGGGAUUUGCUGUUGUAUUUUUCACAGUCGGUAGUAUCCUUGUCGUUACUUCUAUGUGGGCUCUCGGUGUUACUGGAACCUAUCUCGGUGAUUACUUUGGUAUUCUUAUGAGCGAGCGUGUCACUGGAUUCCCAUUCAAUGUCUGUGAGAACCCUAUGUAUGUCGGCUCUACUCUUAACUUCUUGGCCACCGCAUUAUGGCAUGCCAGCCCUGCCGGUAUCAUUUUGACUCUUUUGGUCUAUGUUGUUUACCUUGUUGCUCUUGAGUUUGAAGGACCUUUCACCACUAUGAUCUAUGCUAACAAAGACAAAAAACAGUAAAUUAAACGUCAAAAGGACAUAAUCAUAUAUUAUUUUUCCCAUUGACAUUUCGCAUAAAAGUUAUUUCUUGCCAUUAUAAUUAUUUAUCUGUUUUCCUUGUAUUUCUUUUUAAAACUUCAAAAAGUCACCAAAAUAAUCCCCAAAAUACAGUCUAUUUAUCACAUUUUUUUUAUUAUAUCCCAGAAGUUUGUGUCCGCGCAAAUAUAAUAAAAAGACCCUCAUGUGUAUGUUGUAAAAUUU